AUGUUGGAAGGUGGUGCUAAGUUUCCGAUAGAUCUCAACAAAAAUAAUAACUUUUAUGAUUUUUCCCAAGGCUUUUACCAUAAGCUUGGUGAGGGUACGAAUAUGUCGGUUGACAGUGUUGGGAGUUUGCAGACAAGUAAUGGAGGAGGGUCGGUUGCAAUGUCGGUGGAUAACAGCAGUGUUGGGUCGAAUGAUUCCAAUACCCGCAUGUUGGAUCAUCAAGGGUUGAAGAGGCGUGCCAAUGAUAACUACUCUGUUGCUCACAGUGCGAAUCGUCGGGGAAGAGUCACUCAUGCGUUGAGCGAUGAUGCUUUAGCUCAAGCUCUGAUGGACAAUAGUUCUCCGACUGAGGGGCUUGAGAAUUUCGAAGAAUGGACGAUUGAUUUGAGGAAGCUUAAUAUGGGCGAGGCUUUUGCUCAAGGUGCUUUCGGGAAACUCUACCGAGGUACUUACAUUGGGGAGGAUGUCGCUAUCAAGAUCUUGGAGAGGCCUGAAAAUGAUACGUCGAAGGCUCUGUUGAUGGAGCAACAAUUUCAGCAGGAGGUCAUGAUGCUGGCUACACUGAAGCAUCCCAACAUUGUUCGCUUCAUCGGUGCAUGCCGAAAGCCUAUGGUGUGGUGCAUCGUUACUGAGUAUGCUAAGGGUGGAUCACUACGACAGUUCUUAACAAAGCGCCAAAACCGAUCUGUUCCCCUCAAACUGGCUAUCAAACAAGCUUUGGAUGUUGCAAGAGGCAUGUCGUAUGUUCAUGGUCUGGGAUUGAUCCACAGGGACUUGAAGUCUGACAACCUGUUGAUUUUUGGUGACAAAUCUAUCAAAAUUGCUGACUUUGGAGUCGCACGGAUUGAGGUGCAAACUGAAGGAAUGACUCCCGAGACUGGGACCUAUCGUUGGAUGGCUCCGGAAAUGAUCCAACAUAGGCCAUACACACAGAAGGUGGAUGUAUAUAGCUUCGGGAUUGUCCUGUGGGAGCUCAUCACUGGUAUGCUUCCGUUUCAGAACAUGACAGCAGUACAAGCAGCAUUUGCGGUUGUCAACAGAAAUGUCCGCCCUCUCCUGCCCCAUGACUGUUUGCCGGUUCUCCGGGAGAUCAUGACAAGGUGCUGGGAUCCAAACCCUGACGUCAGGCCACCAUUUCCUGAAAUUGUAGCAAUGCUUGAAAAUGCAGAGAUCGAGGUGAUGACAACCGUUCGGAAGGCGAGGUUCAGGUGUUGCAUAACCCAGCCAAUGACCGCGGAGUGA